AAACUCUCUCUUCUCCUUGUGUGUCUCUUAGUGCCAGCUAUCAGUGGCCUAUUGUGGCCACAACAACACCUCCAAGUCCUCCUUUUUAAGAACAAACAACCCCCCUCCUAUUUCCUCAUUCCCAACCAAAGAGAGAGGAAGAAAGAGAGAGAAAAAGUAGCAGAGUGAGAGAUGGGUGAGAGGAGUGUAGCAAGCUUGGCACUAUGCCUAAGCAUCAUGUUUUUGGUGAGCAACACAGCGAGCGCAUGUUGCGGGUGCAAGAAGGCACCGCCUGUCCUGUACUACCCCCCGCCCUAUGCGUACCCUUCCUGUCCUAAGGAUGCAUUGAAGCUUGGAGUGUGCGCCGACUUGCUGAGCGGCCUAGUCAAUGUGGUGAUCGGGAGCCCGCCCUCAGGCGAUAAGUGCUGCCCUCUCCUCUAUGGCUUGGCUGACCUUGAAGCUGCUGUUUGCCUUUGCACCGCUAUCAAGGCCAAUGUGCUCGGUAUCAUCAAAGUAGAAGUGCCUGUUGCUCUUUCUCUCUUGAUCAGUGCUUGUCAAAAGACGAUCCCCCCCGGCUUCGUGUGCCCUUGAGUGCUCCUCUUAUUCCUUCUCCUCCCUCCCUCUCUCUCUCUCUCUCUCUCUCUCAUUCUCUCUUCCCAUUUUUAAUAUAUUGCUUCCUAUUCUUCUCUCUCAUCCCCCAAUCUAAGUUGGGAGUUUGUUUGAUUUCCUUAGUGAUGUGGUAAUAAGGUUGAACUUGCCUGUGUAAGUUGAGCCUGUGUAAGUUGAGUCUAUGUGUGGCUGAGGUUCUAUAAUCUCCUAUGUUUCUUUGUCUUCUAUAGUAUGGAACUUUGUAUUUUUUUUAUAGUGGUGUUUUAUUUGUGUAAAGUUCUGACCCUUUGGUGCCAAAAGGGCUGUAAAAUGUACAGCUCUUUUGACUCUGGUAAGAGGGAUGUGUUCUACUUUGUGUUUUCCAGUGGCAUUGGAUGCUAGAUUAUUGUUUGUUGCUGAAUAUGUUUCCUCAAUAAAGAUGGGGCAGAUUCCAUUUCU